UCUAUAGNCGUUGUUCGUGACGUCCUUCAAGGCAAAUGGAGUCUCGGUGCCGAAUACUUCAAAAAUAAAUACACGCUUGACUAUGUUUUGGCCACGCAUAGAAAACCUCAGGUUUCAAUUUUGAAUGGUAUUGUCAUGGGAGGUGGAGCUGGUCUCUCUAUCCAUGGUCGUUUUCGUAUUGCAACUGAGAAUACGGUUUUUGCAAUGCCUGAGACAGCUCUGGGGCACUUUCCAGAUGUAGGAGCCUCCUAUUUCUUGUCAAGGCUCCCUGGAUUUUUUGGAGAAUAUGUUGGCCUCACCGGAGCUAAGUUAGAUGGCGCCGAAAUGCUUGCAUGUGGUCUUGCAACUCAUUUUGUGCCUUCAACGAGUUUGACUGCAUUAGAAGCAGACCUUUGCAAAGUUGAUUCAAGUGAUCAAACCUUCGCCUCAGCAAUUCUCUAUGCAUAUACUCAGUACCCGCACCUGAGACAGAAGAGUGCUUACCACAGGUUAGAUGUUAUUGAUAGGUGCUUCUCGAAGAGAACAGUCGAGGAAAUUAUAUCUGCACUUGAGAGAGAGGUCACUCAGGAACCAGAUGAUUGGAUAUUAGCUACCAUUCAAGCAUUGGAGAAAGCUUCACCAUCAUGCCUUAAAAUCUCUCUUAGAUCGAUAAGAGAAGGACGAUUGCAAGGUGUGGGGCAGUGUCUUAUCCGUGAGUAUAGAAUGGUGUGUCAUUUGUUGAAGGGAGAUUUAAGCAAAGAUUCGGUGGAGGGGUGCAGAGCCAUACUGAUAGACAAAGAUAAGAACCCACAGUGGGAGCCAAGGCGACUAGAGGACAUAAAGGAUAGCAUGGUAGAUCAGUAUUUUGAGAGAAUGGAUGAAGAGGAGGGAUGGGAGGAUCUUAGGUUCCCGCCAAGGAACAACUUGUCUGCUUCAGUUAUCGCUGCAAACCUGUGAAGUAGAUAAGGUGUUUGAUGAGAUAGCAAUUGGUUAGACUUAACCUACCAAACCCUAUGUGUUUGAAGAACUCUACCAUCUUUUCUUUUCUUUUUUUUCUUUUUGUUGCACCAAAUAAGAAUAGGCGUGACCUGGUUCAUAUCCUUUCAAGGAUCACAUCACAGUAUCUCACGUUUCCAUUAUUUUCUUUUAUGCAGUAUGCUUACAGGAAUGUAACAAAUUGUAGUUCCAAGUUCCCUAUAUAUAUUUAAUAGAAAAUAAAACAAAAAGCAUGAUUGAAG